GGACUUUAUCUUUAUUUAAUUGGAGGGUUUGUCACUUUUUUUCCCCACUAUUUGAGAGAGAAAAGGUGCAUGUUCUCUUCUUCAAAUUAAAACCAACCUAUUCUAUUUGCAUAUAGCAUUUGUUCUUGAAUCUCUUUAGCAUAGUAUUCGAUUAAGAAGAAGAGAGAAAGAGAGAAAGAAAUAAAAAAGAGAGACAGAGAGAGAAUGUUCCAUGCGAAGAAACCUUCAAGUAUGACUUCUCAUGAUAGACCCAUGUGUGUUCAAGGAGACUCCGGUCUCGUUCUCACUACUGAUCCUAAACCUCGUCUUCGUUGGACCGUUGAGCUUCAUGAACGUUUUGUUGAUGCUGUUACUCAGUUAGGUGGACCUGAUAAGGCAACACCUAAGACUAUUAUGAGAGUUAUGGGUGUUAAGGGUUUAACCCUUUACCAUCUCAAGAGCCAUCUUCAGAAAUUUAGACUGGGAAAACAGCCUCACAAAGAAUUCAAUGAUCACUCGGUGAAGGAUGGCGAUAGAGCUACAAGUUUAGAACUGCAAAGAAAUUCAGCAUCCUCAUCUGGAAUGAUUGGACGUAAUAUGAAUGAGAUGCAAAUGGAGGUGCAGAGAAGGCUACAUGAACAACUGGAGGUACAAAGACACCUCCAGUUGAGGAUUGAGGCACAGGGAAAGUACAUGCAGACUAUAUUGGAGAAAGCUUGUCAAACAUUGGGGGGUGAAGAGAAUAUGGCAUUACCAUCAAGAACCUUUAAAGGCAAUAUUGGAAAUCAUCAAGGAGGAAUAAUACCGGACAUUUCAGCUGCCUUUAAAGAAUUUGGAACUCCUCCUCUAAGUUUCUCAUCAUUCCAGGAUUUGAAUAUUUGUGGAGAACAGCUCGACCUUCAUGCUCAAAGUAGCAUGGGUGAACGAUCCUCAUCCUUCGACGGAUUCAUGAACCUCAGCAAUAGUACUACUGAUCAUAACUUGUCUCUUGGAAAGAAGAGGUCUAGCCCUUACAAUAAUAAUAGCAAUGGAAAGAGCCCUUUUAUGUGGUCCGACGAUUUUCGUCUACAUGAAUUAGGCGGAGGAGCAACAGGAGGAGCGUCAUGUUUAGGUCCUAAUAAUGAAGAGGAGCACCAGAUUAUGAAUCCCGAGCUUGAUUCAGUGUCUGACAUUUAUCAUGAGUCAAAGCCAAUGCUACAGGACGAAAAGAAAUUUGACGCAAAGCUGGAGAGGCCCUCCCCGAGAAGAGCGGCACAGAUUUCUAGUUUGAGUGCCCAAGCUGGACGAAACUCUGUUUUCGGUGAAUUGCUAAGUUGGCAAUAUGGAAAAGUCACAGAUGGUGGAGAGAGGCGGGAGUGAAAAGGUAACUACUUAAAGAGACUAGGCGCGCGCGAGAGGCAAAGUAUUGAAGGUGAAGACAACACACUCAUCAUGCGUAAUCCGAAGAUCGAUGAAGCUUCUUUGUACUAUAGCUUUUUGUAGGACCAAAAUAUAUAUAUCUAACCACCAAAAAGGGAUAUGCCACAUGAAGGGUUACUGUGACAUCAAAGUUUGCAUGCAUGCAUGGCUCCAUUUUUCAUGACUUACUUUUCCUAUAAUCAUGUUAUUGAAAGUGCCAAAGGGGGUGAAUUGAAUGCAUGGCUCCAUUUUUCAUGACUAACUUUUCCUAUAAUCAUGUUAUUGAAAGUGUAAAGGGGGGUGAAUUGAACUCUUUCUUUUUCCAAGAUUAACUAUAUUCAGUAGUCGACUGCUAAUAUAUGCCGUAAUAAAACCUCUAACACA